UCCGCGGCUCAGGCACGAUGCUGCCCCUGUCCCUGCUGAAGACGGCACAGAACCACCCCAUGCUGGUGGAGCUGAAGAACGGGGAGACGUACAACGGGCACCUGGUGAGCUGCGACAACUGGAUGAACAUCAACCUGCGGGAGGUCAUCUGCACGUCCCGGGAUGGCGACAAGUUCUGGAGAAUGCCGGAGUGCUACAUUCGUGGCAGCACGAUUAAAUACCUGCGUAUCCCCGAUGAAAUAAUUGACAUGGUGAAAGAAGAGGUGGUGUCCAAGGGCAGAGGCCGCGGUGGGAUGCAACAGCAGAAGCAACAGAAGGGCCGUGGUGUUGGAGGUGCUGGACGAGGUGUGUUUGGUGGCCGUGGCCGAGGAAUACCAGGCAGUGGAAGAGGCCAGCAGGAAAAAAAGCCAGGCAGACAAUCAGCAAAGCAAUGAGAGGCCGUCUGCACCCUGGCCGGGGACAGUGCUGCGACGCCGUUUGGUUUUUAUCACCUCAGGAUUGCCGUGCGUUCAAAAGCGUUACCUUUCUCCUCUUCCGUCAGUUGAUCAGUGCCCGAAUCACGUAGUUUGGAAGCCCCUCGCAAUUUAAUCUGGUAAAGUGGAGUUAUUCACUCCUUGUAGUCAGCAAGUCAUUGGAAAUAUUUAAAAAAAUCAUUCAUGGUUAAGGACCCAAGUUCUGCCUUCUCCUGAGAGCGAAAGCACUAUUUAAUUUUUCAGGGUCACCAGGUUUAAUUUAAAAGAUUAACCACGUACAGCGGUAUAAGAAUGAAGGCAAACACUUUCUGGAUUGUUUGAGGUUUUGUUUUUUUUUUUAUACUUGAAACUUGGGAAACUUGUUGCAUUUGUAACAGAUGCAAGUGUUUUGGUUUCAAAACACCGAACUUGAGGAUAUUGUAUCUUUACAUGAGUAGUCUUAAGGGUUUGGGUUUUUUUUAAAAAAAAAAAAAAAACCAACAAACUUUAAGGCUAUCGCUUAUCUUCUGUUUCUGGCCGGUCAGUUCUGUCUCUCUCCUAUGGCUUAAAGGAGAACUUGGGAUGAACAUCGCAUCGGCCUUCAAGGGUUGUUUCCAAGAGAGCUUUGUGAUAAAUGAGGGUUUCCCAAUCAGUGUAUUACUAAUCUUACUUCAGAUUAGAAGUUUCCUUUAAAGGAGAGCGUUUUCUGUGUUUUCUUGCGGAAGGCUGGUGUGCCCCUUACUCUUCAUGUUUGUUUUUUUUUAAAAGCAACCAAACUGUUAAGUCGAUUUAUUUAU